AUGUCAAAGUCCAGGAGAAAGUUUAUUUCCUUCAUAGAUAAGGCAAUGGCUGAUGGUGCACAGCUUCCACCCGAAGAACUCAUGUUUUCUUAUAAGGGAAUUUUGUAUCCUGCUACUGUUUGCAGCCCAGACAUCUUCAAAGCUCUUGAGUCCUUUGAAGCAAGGAGUGACGAUGUGUUCCUUGCAGGAUAUCCCAAGUCUGGUACAAAUUGGGUUGGUCAAAUCUUAACAGAUUUGGUAACAUCAUCUGCAAAGUAUAAUGAAGACACAAAUAGUCUGGACGAUGAGGAACUGGAAGAAUUUCCGUAUCUUGAAGUUGGAGAUACUGAGAAAUAUCAGAGGAUGGCAAAGCUACCUUCUAGAAGAGUUAUACUUACUCACCUUCUUCCUCAGAAUCUCCCUGCAUCUGUGUUCAAGAACAAAGCCAAGAUCCUACUAUUAAUAAGAAAUCCAAAAGAUGUGGCUACAUCUUUCUACCAUUUCAGCAAUGACUUGUCUCCUCUUCCCUCUUACAAAACCUGGGAUGAGUUCUUCAGUGCUUUUAUGAGUGGAGAAAUGCCCUGGGGCUCUUAUUUCGACUAUGUUUUUGAAUGGAACAAACAUGUUGAUGACAGAAAUGUCAUGACUAUCACUUAUGAGGCGUUGAAGGAGAACAGGGCUUUGGGAGUGAAACAGAUAAGUGAGUUCUUUGAGUUGCACUUAAGUGAGGAAGACAUUCAAGGGGUUGUUGACAGAAGCAGUUUCCAGGCUAUGAAAGAAAACUCUGAAAAAACCCACGGCACAUUUGGCAAUGUUCUUUUCCGCAAAGGUGGGGUUAGUGACUGGAAGAACCUCUUCAUUGAAGAUCACAACCAGAAAAUGGACAUGACCUUUGAAGAACGUUUAGGUGGGACAAAACUGGGAGAGAUGUUAAAAUAUGGCAAAUACUGCAAGGCUUGA